AUGGAAAAUUCAAAAUCGGAAAUUCUUCAUUGGAUCAAUAAUCUACUCAAAGUAAUACAUUCUUCAAUAUAUAGACAAACCUUACCAAAAUAGAAUAACUUGGUAAUGGAGUAAUAUAUUGCAAAUUACUCAACAUGAUUGAUCCUACCUCCUUGAAUUCUACCAAAAUUGUCCUCAAAACUAAAACACAAAUUGAUCACAUCAACAAUCUCAAACUUCUUCAAAAUGCCAUGUAGAAACUUCACUUAAAAAAACAAUUUGACAUUGAUAAAGUCAGCAAAUGUUACUUCCAUGAAAAUUACGACCUCAUCUUAUUUUUGAAAAAACAAUACACCCUAAGAUUCUCUGCUUCAAACAAAGAAAACACAUCCAUCAAUAAUUCAAUUGUCUAUGAAAAUCCUCCAAAUAUUAUUGAAGAACAAUCAACUUCCAAUUAUACAUUACUAACUCAAAUUGCAGACAUUAUGCUUACUACUCAUUAAGCUGACACCAAAGUCUUAUAAACAAUAAAUUUAUUGAAAUCUCAUAAUUUCAUAAAAUAAGAUUCUCACUUCAUUGAUAAUAAUACUCUUUUUGGGAAUUCAAAUAAUAUAUUCAAUUUGUUCAAUAAUUAGAAUCAAAAUAUCUUUAACACAGAAACUCUAUUCAAAACAGAUUCUAAAAAAUAAUAAUCGUUGGAGUAGAAGAGCAAUUUGUUAUGUGAGACUCCAGAGAUGCUUUUAGAUCCCCAUUCAAAUAAUGAGGAUAUAUUUGAGCAUCAAUCUUCAUCUAAAUUGAUAAUGAAAAUGCAAUCCCAAUCAAAGUAACAAUAAGAAGUUGAAAUAAAGAAAGAAACACCAAAUUUUUGUGAAUCUCCAUUUAUUUAACAACCAUAAUAAAAUAGUUUGGCUGAAUUCAUAAAAUCAGAGAGCAAAUAACAAUAAUAAUAUAUGCAAAAAUAUUCAUUAUAAAAAUAGCUUCAGAUGCAAACUCAAUUAAAUAGUAAUCAAUAAUAAGAAUAUUAAUCUCCAUUCAGAGAUUAGAUUGUUUAAUAAUAAAUAUCUUCAUAGAAAGAGAAUUUUAAUUAGACUACAAAUGCUUAAUUAUUUUCAUCCUAUAAAAAAGAAACCCCUUAAAACAACUCUGUGUUUUAUUCCUGCAAAGAUUAAGGUGCAAUAAUUGAAGAAUGA